GCCAUAUUCGUCGUGUCAGACGGAGUGCAGUGCACGGCUGUGUCAUGUUUUAUCGUAAAUUGUAUAUUAUUUAUGAAAUCGAGUCGUUAUUGGUGCUUGUUUUAUAAAGCGGACACUAGAAAUAUGCGAUCUAAUGAAGUUUCGAAUGGACACUCGUGUCGCUUGUUGAAAAAUAAACGUGCAACGAACUGUGUAUUCGUGUGUUUAUGAUAACAGCAUUAGCAGUAACCGUCGGUCGUGUAUUGUUUUUAUCCAUAACUGGUAUAAAGGUUGAGUGCUAUUAUGCAAGAUAACAUAACCGUGACCUUCGUUUUCGUGACCGUGCCAAAGGUGCUUUUUGAGGUUAAAAUGCAGCUUGGAUUUUGAGUGACUGCGCCGGGCCAUCAGAUUGGCGCGCCCCGAUGACGGACGAGCCGGAGGCGGGGCGGCGGGCCCGCGCGCCGCCCGCGCCGCCGCCCCGCGCCCCCGCGCGCCCCGAGCCGCGCCCGCGCACGCUGCCGCCGCGCCUUAUCCGCCCGUCCGAGCACCUCGCGCUGGUGCAGCAGGCGCGCGAGCGGCGCCCGCCGCCGCCGCCGCUCGUGCCCGCCGUCACCGUGCUGCAGGGACACCCGGGACCACGCUCGGCGCACCAAAUGCCCGUCGCGCAGGGCCCGCCUCGCCACACGCCGCUCGUACCUGCGGUCACUGUGUUCCAAGGGCCCCACAGGCCGCUGGGCCCGCAGGGGCCAGUGCCCCGGCCCCCGCCGCCGCCCCCAGGGCCCAGGCCCUACGUACCGCCGCCUACACGCAUGCCGACCCCCUUGCCGCAUCCCGUCCUGAGACUGCCCCAACCGAGGAGAGAUGUUCAGCCACCGCCAGUCGUCCACGCGCCGCCAGUGGCGCUCCCGCCCGCCACCGCCGCGUCGUCGCCGGGCGCGCACUGCUCCGCGCCGCGCACCAUCGUCAUCCAGCGCCCCGACGCGCGCCACGGCUUCGGCUUCACGCUGCGCCACCUCGUCGUGUACCCGCCAGAGUCUUUACAGGAACUGUACGAGGAUGCGCGUCACCUGGCAGUGGGCGCAGUGGGCGCGCCAAUGGACACCAUCUUCGUAAGGUCCGUGCGGCCGGGCGGGCCGGCGGCGGCGGCGGGGCUGCGCGCCGGCGACCGCGUGCUGGCCGUCAACGGCGAGCCGGUGGCGUGCGGCCGAUCGCGGGCGCCCUACGCGCGCGUCGUGCAGCUGGCGCAGCGCGAGCCCAGGACGCUGCGGCUCACGGUCGUGCCGAGGGACCACGACUUGUUGCAAAGGUAUUUCAGCGAAGCGGCGUACAACCCAGAGUCGAACCAGCGCGCGCUAGAGAUGCCGGCGGUGACGGAGCCCGAGCGGCUGUUCGACGCGUGCCGCCGCGCGCACCCCGCGCUGCCCGCACCGCAAGCUCCGCUGCGGCACCGCGAGGACCCGGAGUAUGCGACGGUGGCGCCGCCGCCCGCGCGCUUCGACGUACCACGGCUACCGACCACACCGCAUUAUCUUUUACAUGAUGGUAGGAGAGAAUCCGACACGUCUCUCCCAUCGUCUGCCGCGGAGAGCAAAGACAGUCUCGGCUCUUUUGACUCCAACUCGACACUCACGGGCCGAGAGCUGGACGACUCGAUCAUCCUCUCCCGAAUACGAAAGAGCCUCGAGCAGAAGGAGGCAUUCCUCAGACGUCCCAGCCAACCCACCGGGUGGGUCACCCCGGACGCCCCCCCACCGAUCAAGCAGAAAGAGUUUUACGCCAGACCGCAGAAGUUACAGAAGCCAGCAUGGCCGCCGCCUCCCUCUUCACCGCCCCUCGCUGCAUCUCCCCCGCCGCCGUUACUCCAACCGCAGACCCAAGAACAGAGGAAAGAAGAAUGCGCUACCAGUGUUGAUAGCGGGACUUUCAGCGGUUACGGAGAAGUCAACGGAACGCAUAACGAUAAGAGUAGAACGAAACAAGACAAGAGCCAAUUCGUGGCGACGUUGUCGAAGAUACACGAAACCUCGCCGAGCAUUCAGAGUACGAAUGUCGGCACUCUGACCAACGGAUCCGCUUGCGAGUUCAGAGAAGAUGCUUCUUCUACUAACCAGGAUAAUAGAUACCCAGUACCUGAGCUUCAACUAGUAACAGCGCGCACGAGGCAACUAGAAGAGGCGCGCGGUGUAGGUGAGCGGCGGACGGAGGUGGCGCGCAGUGAGCUGGCGCGCAUGUCCACCACGCGCCUGGAGCCCAGCGUGGCGCUGCGGCGGAAGGAGUUUGAGACCAGGACCGGCAGGAGAGAGGCGCGCUCGCUGGAUGUGCAACCUCAACACGAUAUAGAGCAAGAGUCGACGAUACUCGGCGGCAGCUUGUCUGGCAACCAGCUGAUGAUCACCGGCAGCAAACACCUCCAUUGUCCACCUCCCGAUGGAUUUAUUAUGCCCGAAACUGAAAAGGUUCAAAUGCGAACAAGGUCGAAUAGUACCGGUAGUGAAGGAUUAUCCAUUAGAAGACAUCAUGCCACAGAUGGCAGUCACGCGAAGAGACGUAUGGGGCUGAACAGAGAGCAAAUGGAGGCCAUGAACCGGGUGUCGCUGCCGGGCGAGGGUCCGCAGAGGCCGACGCAGCUGAGCCUCGCGCCGCCCUCCGACUCGACCUCGGCCUCGGCCUCGGCGCACACCUCGCCCUCGCCCACGCCCACCACGCCCGCCGACUCAGGAUUUGCCGACGAUAUAGUGACGAGGCGACACAAAAAAGAUGCUCAGCUGGGAGAGGAGGAACGUGCAAUGCGCAGGGUGUCCUAUCUGAAAGCCACGUGGGGUGAUCGGCUGCAUUUGGACAGCGACGUCGAACCGGACGCCGAACAUUACGCCCUUAGAAGCCCAGAGAAGAAAGGAGAGGAGACGUCAGAGAGCAACGACUCGUUAGAGGCGGAUGUACAGGGCAAUGUUCAAAUCAAGAUGGUGGUUAGCAACGGAAAGCGCGCGAGCGACAGGUCGUGGAAGGCGGUGUGGGCCGUGCUGCAGGGCACCAAGCUCUACCUCUACCGGAGCCAUCCCACGCAGAGCCCCGGCGCGGUGACGGGCGGCGGCGCGACGGGCGCGACGGAAGGCGGCUCCCGCGACGCGCUCGACGUGCGCUACUCGCUGGCGGCGCUGGCCGACGACUACACCAAGCGGAAGCACGUCGUGCGCGUCACCACCGCCGCUGGUGCUGAACUGCUUCUGCAGGCUGAAGGCGCCGCAGACGCGCAGCGCUGGCUAGCGGCACUGCGGCGACACUCCGCCGAGCCGCCGCCGGCGGAGCCGUCGUCGCUGCCGCCGCCGCCCGCGUCCGCGCCGCCCACCACCACCAGCGCGCCCGAGUGCCCCUCGCCGCUGCCGCCGCAGCGCAGCAAGAAGAUCGGCAGGAACAGGUCGCCUACCGGUCCCCCAACUCCAACACUCCCGUCGUCCCCCAAAAACAAGACAUGGAAGGGGCGUAUGGCGAAGCAGCUACGGCGUAUGCACGGCGGGGCGACCACCCCCGCGCCGGCCGCCGCCACGGGCUGGCUGGGCGCGCCGCUGGAGCGCUGUCCCGCCGACCCGGAGAACCCCCUCGUGCCCAAAGCAGUCACCUUACCCGCACAGGCCGUUGAGGCGUACGGGCUGCGCACGGUGGGCGUGUACCGCGUGCCCGGCAACGCGGCGGGCGUGGCGGCGCUGGCGGCGGCGCUGGACCGCGGGGAGCCGCCGCCCGCGGGCGACGCGCGCUGGGCCGACGUGCACGUGGCCUCCAGCCUGCUCAAGGCCUACCUGCGCCGCCUGCCCGACCCCAUCCUCACCGCGCACCUCUACCCCGCGUUCAUAGCUGCCGACCGGUCGCCGGAGCGGGCGCGCGAGCUGCGGCGGCUGGUGCGCGCGCUGCCCGAGGCGCACUACGAGACGCUGAAGUACCUGGUGCAGCACCUGCGGCGCGUGGUGGCGCACUCCUCGCUCAACAAGAUGGAGGCGCGCAACCUGGCCAUCGUGUUCGGCCCGACACUGGUGCGCGCGGCCAGCGACGACAUGCUGGCCAUGGUCAACGACAUGUCCAGCCAGUGCCGCAUCAUCGAGUCCUUCCUCACACACUAUUCGUGGUACUUCGAGGACGAGACGGACGAGCCGCCGCGCGAGCCGACCGCCGCCGCCGACCAGCUGUCGCCCGCGCCCGCGCCCUCGCGAGACCUGCUCAUACACAACGUCAAGAAGAUUGAAGGCAAAGACGUGUCUACCCGCGACAUCGUGUCCUCCAUAAUAUCGGCGGCCAACCGCAAGAUCCAGCGCAAACCGCGCAAGAGCGACAAGAAGUGGGAGGCGGCGCGCUCCCCCGGCGCCUCCCCCCCGCGCUCGCCGCUCGCCUCCCCCCCGGCCGCGCCGCCCGCGCACCUUGCGCCCUACGACGAGCUGCACUACCGAGAGCGACAUCACGACACUGACAAAAUCGAAAUCGAAACGGUGUCAGCGCUGAGCCGCGGGCGACAGGACAUCUCGCGACACGCGCUCAACAACUUCUCCAUCGACGGGGCCGGAGACCUGGUCUCUUCCCUGACGAGCACGUUCGACCAGAAGCUGCGCACGCUCAACAACUCGUCGCCGCUGGACGACGGCAGCAUCCCGUACGCGGACGAGUGCCAGGACGACGACGAGGGCAAGUCCAGCGGCAGCUCGCCGUCGGACGCGGGCUCCGUGCGCGGCUCGUCGCCGGCGCGCGCGCGUUCCGACCAGCUGAAGGCGGCCUGGCUGCGCUCCGCCUCGUCCUCGUCCGACGAGCCGGACGCGCGCGCCUGGCCGCGGCCGCGCGCCGCGCCGCCCGCGCCCGCGCCGCCGCCCGACGACGACUCGGAGAAGGAGAACUGCGGCGCGCGCGACGGGGCGCCGCACGACGACGAGAAGGACGUGGACACGCGCUCGCAGAGCUCGGGUGGCGACGCGCGGCCCGACAACGACAAGCCGCGCGCCGAGUCGCCGCGCGUGCUGCGCGAGCCGCCCAACUGCCGGCCGCGGCGCUCCGAGUCGCUGGGCAAGGGCGAGCGGCUCGGCAAGGCGGAGAAGGGCGAGUGGAACGUGCGGCGGCGCGAGGCGGGCGCGUGGCGCUCCACCAAGCUGAAGCGCAAGAACGGCAUGCCGGAGCGCGGCAUCAAGCGGCGGCACACGGUGGGCGGCACCAAGGACUUCGACAAGGACGGCUGGGCGGCGCGCCACACGCGCACGUCCUCGCCCGACCUCACGGCCGCCUGGCCGCCGCCGCGCGCGCCGCUCGAGUCGCACGUGUGACGCCACACAGGAUUCUUAUCUUUCUUUACGAGAGAGGCUAUUAUUUGAUUCGAUUCGUUUGACUGAAUAGAUUAAGUCACAAAUUUCUUAAUGUUAUAUUGUUAAGUAGACGAAAAUAAUACUCAAAAUCUUUUGUAAUAUAUCGCGUUCUGUCUCCCGCGUUCACAAGACCCUUGCGAAAAAAACGAAAAUUUACUUUGUAGCAGCUAAAACAUGUAAUAAUGAAAUAGGGAGCGAUCGGUUUCGUCUGCAAUUUUAUCAAUUGAAUGGUGCAAUACAAUUUUUUUAUUUUAUUGACGAAGCGAAGUUAUAGUUGUAAACGUAAAAUGUUUUAGUGAAAGCGGUACUGUACUCGGCUCACUAUAAUUAUACCUAAUGCCAAAGAAUGAUAAAGAAGUGACCCGUUGAGAAAAUAUCUUAUACACUAUGUAUUUCUUACGGUGAGAGAACCUGUUAGAGGCCCAAUGUCGGUCCUCUAAUGUUAUGAGAAAGUGAAGCAACGAAACGUUAUCAAAUGAGUGAUAACAUGUAUUUUCUUUAGUAAAUUUUUGCGUACAAUAAGUGACGCGUAUGUUAUCCCACAAAUCAACGUGAGAUUCGUAAUCGCAACUCCCCCUGUAGGUAUUGAACUACUUUUGACGGAGUUGUUGUGGGACUUGAGGAGAAUGAAAGAGUGCAAAAUGAUACAGCAUAAUAAUAUAAUUUAAAUAAGUGCUAUUACGUUGUAAUUAAUAUAGUAAUGCCGGAGGGCUCACUUUUAGUCUUAAGAUAAGUGAUAGAACCUUUAGAGGUAAUAUGAAUUAUGACAAAAAGCGCUAUAACACCACUUUAGCCUUAAGGACUAAGGUUAGUAUAGGAGCUAAUAUUGUUAGUUAGGUACUCGAGGAGUUUCAGAUUUAAAUGAGAUUAAAAUUGUAUUUUAAAAUGUACCUACAUGCAUGCAUGCGUCACCUUGCCUUCGCGGCUUAGCGAUAUCAAAUUAUGCACAACUAUUGAGAUAUUUUAUAGAUACGAAGUUACCUUCUAUAGUGUUUCGGCAAGUAUGGUGGAAUGUUGAAAAUUUUAGAUACUAAUUUUAAUCGUGCUGAUUAUUGCGGCGUAUACAUACAAUUUUAUGCCUUGUAUUUUAAAUGCGUCAAUGGAUAUAUAUUUUAAAAUUAUGACGCAAUAGUAUAAAAUAUAUUUGUAAUAGUAAAUAAGUAAUUGACUCUUUAUAAAUAUAUUAUAGUGAAAGGCGCGCAGGUCGAGUGCUGCGGCUGACUGACAUUACACCACACUGCAGUGAUAAUAUAAUUAAAGUGAUCCCUUAAGCUAUUGUAAAAAAUGUACAUUUAUUGUAUUCUUAAUUUAUAUUAAAUUUGUUAUCUUAGCUUUGUUGAAUGCAAUUAUUUUUAUUGUUUUGUUUAUCAAUCAAAGUAUUUUAAGCUAAAUUCAAUUAUUGUUAUUUAUUUUCGAAAGUUGGUAAAACUAAUUUGGCAAGUUUCCUUUUCGUUUUAUAUAGAAAAAAAGAUUACGAUCAGUUUUGUAAAUAUUGUCCUGUGAAAUGUUUUAGUCUUUCGUUCAUUAAUUGCUUUUUAAAUUUUUAUACCAUCAUUAAGUUAAGACGAUCUCAAGUUUGUUGAAUGUUUGCAAAGCGUUCCUUUUAAAGUUUUAUUUGUAAAUAUAUCAUUUAAUGUAGGGACAGUGAAUUUACUAAUUUUACAUACUAGUACAGUAGCGGUUGGAGGUAGACUCCGCACAAGAGAUUUGUAUUCAAAGUAACCUUAUUCAUGCUCUUCGUAUAAUCCGCUAUGAAAUUCAAUAAACACAAGUAAAGACAUUGAAUAUUAUGGUUCAAACCAGAUUUACAUUAUUUGUCAUUGUGUAUAUUUUGGAGAAAUGAAAAUAAAAAAUAUUAAAGAAUUUUA